AAAGUGUUUGAUUGGUUCACUGUGUGAGACGUCAUGACUCCAACUACAAACGUGAAAGACGCGUCGCGCGCAUACUGUUCGAUACAGUAGGCACUAGGCAGCUUCAAUGACUGUAUUGCUGUGUUUGUCGCGUCGUGUAGCUAGCAAUGUAGAUGGGAGCAAAGGGUUAACUGUGAUGUCAGCUGCAGAGGCAGGGGCUGCUACUCACCGCAAACUGUUUCCACACUGCUUUAAAUACAACACCAGCACAGACAGUGUCAGACGCUAGAGACAAAAUACAUGAGCGAAGAGCAGCGAAUAUCAACCGGAUUCAGCUGCGUCCGAUGAUCCAAUAAGCACUUCUGCAUGGCUGACAUCCUAACACCUCUGCCGCAUCCCACAGUCAGACCAUGAAUUACGUGGGUCAGCUAGCCGGUCAGGUUUUUGUGCAGGUGAAGGAGCUGUACAGAGGCCUUAACCCUGCCACCCUGUCCGGCUGUAUCGAUGUUAUUGUUGUGCGUCAGCCUGAUGGAACUCUACAGUGUUCACCUUUUCACGUCCGUUUUGGCAAGAUGGGAGUGCUGCGCUCCCGGGAGAAAGUGGUUGACAUUGAGAUAAAUGGGGAGCCAGUCAGUUUACACAUGAAACUAGGUGAAAAUGGAGAGGCAUUCUUUGUCAAAGAAACAGAAAGUGAUGAGGAGAUGGUGCCGUCCCACUUGGCUACAUCGCCCAUAAUUUCAGAGGGCUCUGCCCUAAUGCAGGCCCAAGUUGGAAAAGGAAUGUCCCGCCUGUCUGAGUCUGGAACCGGAACCUCCAUUCAAACCUUGGGCCCCAUGCAGGCCCCUGGUGACAGUUCAUUAAUGAAGAAGAGAAGGAAAAGGAGGAGAAAAUCUCAAGUAGACAGCAUAAAGCGAGAAGACAAUGGAGACUUUUCUGAAGACGAUGACAUGUUUCCAAUUGAUAUGAGUUCUGAUGAUGAUACAGCGGCUGCAGGAAGCAGAGCCAUGUCACAUGAGCUAUUUGCUGAGCAGGUGAAAGGAACUAGCAGCUCAUACACACAGUCUGAAGGGAACUGGACUGGUGUUCAAAGCAAAGGGUUGGGGAAGACGUGCUCUCUACCCAUUCCCACCAGUUCAGGAUUAUCCAUUUCCUGCCCUCAACAAACAACCAUGUUUCAAUCCACACACAGCAGCCCAAAUGGCUCCUUGCCAUCCACACCCAAGAGUGACUCCGAAUUGCUGAGCAGUCAGAGGAGAGAAGGAAAACCGGACAACCCUGAGAUGCUUUGGACGUGGGGAGAGCUGCCUCAUGCUGCAAAGCCAUCAUUCCUGCAGCCCAUUUCGGAGCCUAUGGUGGUGACCCCAAGAUCAAUCCCACCAUCUGAAAGCAGACACUUCAGAGCCAUCACUGGAGACGGGAUGGUGGAGUCUCAGGGCAGUGAUGUGUAUGUGCCUGAUCUCAAGGUUAAAGAGGCAACAUCUGCCGCUGCUGUAGAUGUAGAGGCCAUCAGUGCUUCAGCCCAUCUCAUCACAGACCUAGAAGAGGGGCGGCACAGUCCUGGAGCUCAUGCCAUUAGCAAGACAGACUCUCCAUCCAAGAAAAAAGACAAAAGGAGCCGGCACCUGGGAUCAGAUGGAGUAUAUCUGGAUGACAUCACAGAGUUGGAGCCUGAGGUGGCAGCCUUGUACUUUCCAAAGAGUGAUGGAGCAACUUCUGUGAGGGGUGGGGCAGAUCCGAGAAGUGCCAAUCAGUCCCCUCAAUCAGUGGGUAGCAGUGGAAUGGACAGUGGGGUGGAUAGCUUUUCUGACCAGUUAGGAGACUUGCCUCAUAUUGCCAUCUCUCUCUGUGGAGGACUGUCAGAAAACAGAGAGAUCACUAGAGAGGAAUUCGAGGAACGAGCAAUAUCUUAUCAGGAGUUUGCAGAUAAUCCAUCUAUCAUUGAUGAUCCCAACCUGGUUGUGAAGAUUGGCAACAAGUAUUAUAAUUGGACCACAGCCGCUCCUAUUGUACUAGCCAUGCAGGUUUUCCAGAAGCCCUUGCCAAAGGCCACAGUGGAGAACAUCAUGAAGGAGAAGAUGCCCAAGAAAGGAGGACGCUGGUGGUUUUCAUGGAGGGGCAGAAACAAAAGCUCCAAAUCCGAAUCAGCAUCUGAGCAGAUUGAAGGUGGAGAGGAUUCUAUAACAACAGCAUCUGUGAGCAGAUUAAAGGAUGAAUCAUCAUCCAGUGAAGAUGACAGUGCAGGUGCUAAACAGAAUCCUGUGAGCAAUCAGUCUGAAGUUCUCCACAGCACUGGAGGCCACUGCUACAGGAAGACUCUUCGUUUGUCCUCAGAAGAGCUAGCCAGUCUGCACUUAAAAGAUGGCCCCAAUGAUGUGGUCUUCAGCGUCACCACCCAGUACCAGGGCACUUGCCGCUGUGAGGGGAUAAUUUAUCUGUGGAACUGGGAUGACAAGAUAGUGAUCUCAGAUAUUGAUGGCACCAUCACAAGGUCUGACACCCUGGGACACAUUUUACCCACUUUGGGUAAAGACUGGACCCAUCAGGGCAUUGCCCGUCUCUACCACAGAGUCAGCCAGAACGGCUACAAGUUUAUGUACUGUUCAGCUCGGGCGAUUGGCAUGGCUGAUAUGACCCGGGGUUACCUGCACUGGGUUAAUGAAAGAGGCACCAUGCUACCUAUGGGACCUGUGCUGCUUAGUCCCAGUAGUCUGUUCUCUGCAUUUCACAGGGAGGUCAUUGAGAAGAAGCCAGAAAAGUUUAAAAUUGAAUGUCUGACCGACAUUAAAAACCUGUUCUAUCCAAACACAGAACCCUUCUAUGCUGCUUUUGGAAACAGAGCAACAGAUGUUUAUUCAUAUAAAGAGGUUGGAGUGCCUUUGAACAGAAUAUUCACUGUGAAUCCUAAGGGAGAGCUCAUCCAAGAACAUGCAAAGACCAACAUAUCAUCUUAUGAACGUCUGUGUGAGGUCGUGGAUCAUGUCUUCCCUCUUCUGAUAAGAGGGAACACCACUGACUUCCCCUGUUCAGAUACCUUCAGCCAGUUCACCUUCUGGAGAGAGCAGUUACCAGAGGUAGAAAAGCAGGAUCAACAUGCCGAGCAACAAGCAGCUGAAAGGACAAACUGAG